CUGAAAACUCAACUGAAUGUAAGGAAAAUGCAUAAAGUUAAGAAAGCCGUUAAGGCAUUACAAUCUUCUAAUUACUUAUCUGCUACUAUUGACGGUAAAGGAUACAUAAGUAAUUUUAAUUUACUGAUAAAUGGGAUUAAAUAUAGUGAACAGAUUUUAAAACAUUGGCAAAGAACACAUUCCUUAGAUAAGGAAGUUUCUUUCAAAGAAAUGAACUUAAUGGAUAGCUAUUUCUGUGAAGCUUUAAAAACUAGGCACAAGUUCAUAUACACAAAAGAAUUUCACGAAAGCAUUAGAUAUUUGCUUAGUAAAUCAAAAAGUCACGAACAGCCGUCAAUUUUAAAAUCUGUCCAUACUGUAUUGAAACAUGAGAGUUUAGAAGGGACAGUUCCGUCCUCUACUAAUAAGCAUACAUAUUUGGAGACUCUUUACCUAAUCCCUUCCGAAAAAGGGUUUAGUGUGUUUUUCAACUCGCAGCGUGCGUGUAAAAUUUGGUGGAUGCGUUUUUCUGCAGAUCCUAGUAAAUACUUUGUAGAGCCAUAUGAGUUUGAGGCCGCAUCCAAUUUAGCACCAUCACCUGGCACGCAGUCCAUCACUAUUAAAUCUAAACUUCCAUAUGCUACACUUGAUGUCGAAAGCAUAACAGUUAUUCCUUUGCAUACAGCCAGCCUGGAUGCAGAUUUCGCACAGUACUUAAAAAUUAAUAAUAAAACUAGAACCAUACCAAGCGUUAUACGUUCUGUAAUAGAUUUACAAGCAGCAACAGGCGCUGUGCUCUUCGAUAGUGUUGAUAAUGAACGAGAAAAUACUUUGUUGCUCAACAGGAAAUUAGCACCUUUUCAAUGUGUUGUUACUUGUUAUCAUGAGGGCAAACAAUUAAAAGAUUUAGAAGAUCUCUGCCUGCAUAUCCAAUACAUACUAUCUCGUUCUGGUCUUCGGAUAAUGGGGGAAAAUAUACUUUUCACAAACUCUUUGCAAGAAUUGGAAUCCGAAAUUUUUAAAUGUGAUAACCUGGGAGUCCCGUAUUUGCUAAUAAUCAGCGAAAGUUCUCUUCAUAACGGCCUUCUGAAAUUGCGUAACCGCGAUACAACUUUAGAGGAAACCAUACAUAUUAGUGAUUUGCCCAAUUAUUUAUUACAAAUAUUUUCUUAACAAGUUUAUAAAUUACGUAUAUAU